CAACAGGCGUCCCUAGCAACAGCCAUCCCCUAGCAACGGCUGGUCCUGAAGGACGCCUCGUGAGAGGUGCUGGAAUGGAAGGAAUGAGAAUGCACUUGAGGAAUGAGUUAUCGAAUGAGUGUCUGUGUGUAGGUUUUCGCUAUGGAAUUCCAGGUGCAGAACCCCGCGAUCCAGCAGCAGUCCGAGCUGCAAAAGACCCACGCGGUGCAGAAGAUGCAGUGGUCUACCGGCAUAUUCGACUGCUGUAACGACAUGAAUGUUUGUCUCUGCGGCACCUUCUGCAUGCUCUGCCUCCACUGCCGGAUGGCCAAGGGCUUUGGCGAGUGCAUCUGUUUGCCCAUCCUGCCCGGCAGCUCCGUGGCACUGAGAACCGCCAUACGUGAGCGCUACCACAUCCAGGGCUCCAUAUGCGACGACUACGUGAUGCACAUCUGCUGUUGCUGCAUCUCGUGUCAGAUGGCGCGAGAGAUCAAACUCCACACGAAGCAGCCCGGCCCCAUGCAGAUCGUGAGAACCGCCGUCAUCGAUGAGCAGAAGCAGUAGCAGCAGCAUCCACAGUAGUAGCUACAGCAGUAGCAGCAGCAGACACAGUAGUAGAUACAAGCAGUAGCAGCAGCAGUAACCACAGUAGUAGAUACAGCAGUAGCAGCUGCAGUAACCACAGUAGUAGAUACAACAGUAGCAGCAGCAGUAACCACAGUAGUAGAUACAGCAGUAGCAGCAGCAGUAGCCACAGUAGUAGCUACAGCAGUAGCCACAGCAGUAACCACAUCAGUCGCUACAGCAGCCACAGCAGUCGCUACACCAGUAUCCACAGUAGUAGCUACAGCAGUAGCCACAGCAGUAACCACAUCAGUCGCUACAGCAGCCACAGCACUCGCUACAGCAGUAGCCACAGUAGUAGCUACAGCAGUAGCCACAGUAGUAGCUACAGCAGUAGCCACAGCAGUAACCACAUCAGUCGCUAAAGCAGCCACAGCAGUCGCUACAGCAGUAACUACAGCAAUAGGCACAGCAGUAGCUACAUCAGCAUCCACAGUAGCCACAGCAGUAGCCCACCAUUAUUUUGAGCCGUAAAAAGGGUCUGGGAACUCUGUUCCAGGAAUUGCUGUUGUUGUUGUUGGCAUCCCAAGUUGAAUCUCGCCGUAUGUUGUCCUCUUUGAUUUUGCGUUGGGGCAUUGCUGCUCGUGGUAGUGGUGCGUGCGUGAAUGUUACGGAUAGACUUACAUUUGGCUUAUCAAACAGACGUUUUGGAAUCUUAUCUUAACAGGAUUUAAAUAGCGCAUUAACCAACGUGCUUUACGGAUAAUUAACAACUAUACAACAACAAUAACGCGUGUGUGAAUGUAAUGGUGGAAAAUGAGGUGAAUGAAAUAGAUGAAAGGAAGCAAUGGGGGCGAAUCUGUGGUGAUGAUGAUGAUGCGUGAAUUCGGUGAAAGCAAAAUUGAUGACAGUAAAUGACGAUGGUGAAUGGAUUGAAUGAAUUGGGUUAAUGAGUGAUAGCCGUGUCGUGGGUUAAAUUGAGGCGCACACUGGACUUUGGAGGCAAUACUAUUGAUUAGCUAACACUUAACAUCACGAAUUAAAGUGGUAGCCACCGUUCCUAACUUAGCUAACCCACGAGGGUUCUACAUCACUGGACCAGGACCGCCCACCACGCUUCCUGGUCGACUAGCGGAGAGCUUCAUCCCAGAGUUUCAGUUUCAUGUAUUUGGUAUAGCCCUGUGAGCCAUUCGGCUCUUGAAUCGGGUGCAACCGCAACAAACAAAAACAUGAACAAGAAACAUCUUAAAGUGACUACGCGCAAACAAAAAAAUCCAAGAAAAAACAGCAAAGUCUUCCAGAAAAAGCACCAUAUAUCAAUGAUGUGAGCAAAUAUCCCAGUGGCAUGCAAGUCAAACAAUAACAACCAUAAGACAAUUUAUAUUUAAGGUAUUAGAGAUGACAAAGCAGCAUAGCAGAACAGCACAGAACAGCCCAGUUGUCUGUCCACACCCCGCUUAUAACCACUCCGGCGUGGCCAGCUCCGCCCCAGGCCACGCCCCCCUUCCCGAUCCUUCGUGAAGGCCCGAGUCCCAACCACGUGACCCCCCUGGGGCCCCUGGCCCCCCUUUAUCCAGUCACGUGUCCUGUUGGGUUCACGCAGAGUGUGUCACGGCCCGACACGACCCCGUGACACCUGCCUACAGCCCCCAUAUCGAGGCAAUGCAGUAGUGUCGUUCUACUACACUACAUCCGUAUGAAGAGAAUAAUCAUUAUUCUGACAGUAGAUGAUGUGUGAGCAUGACGACUGUGAUUGAAUGAAUUGGGUGGGGGCGAGAAGAGAGAGAAAUGGCUUAGGCGUAGAUUGAGCACAAGGUGGGUCGUGCGGUCAGUGAGCACCUACGAAGGCCGCCACGUUGAGAUCUGUGCCGCCGCGAUGACGAGUGUGUGUGCGUGAUGACUGUGUGUGUGACGAGUGUGUGUGUGACGAGUGUGUGUGCGUGAUGUCUGUGUGCGUGACGACUGUGUGUGUGACGAGUGUGUGUGCGUGACGACUGCGCGAUGACGAGUAUGUGUGCGUGACGACUGUGUGUGUGACGAGUGUGUGUGUGACGAGUGUGUGUGCGUGAUGUCUGUGUGCGUGACGACUGUGUGUGUGACGAGUGUGUGUGCGUGCUUGGGGAGCGGUGGUGUCGUGGUCAGCGCUAUGCUGCGCUACGAACCCGGCGACCCGAUUUCGAUUCCCGCUCGCGGCCAACACCGUUGGCGAUUAUCUGAACCCGUCCCGGGCCUCCCCUAGGUCGACUCAGCCUCAAAUGAGUACCUGGUGUGGGGAAACAAAGGCGGCCGGGCGUGGUGUUGGCCAACCACGCCCUCGCGUGUCAUGCCGUACUCGUUAACAGCACUUGCCUCAACAGACUGUUGAGGGCUAU